AUGCAAAUACCACCGGUCCAAACGGAACGAAACUUGAGGAUAGUUCUAACAACGCAACGACGACCACCGCGACCGUCUGUGAUAUGGGUCAAAACCUGAGCAUCCGAAGGCCGAAAAUUUCACUCACAUGGGUCCUACGUGAACAAGCACAACAGCAGCAGCAGCAACAGCAACAGCAACAGCUACAGCAAGUUCCACCCCAGCAUCAGCAACUGUCUGGUAGUCAGUCAAGUGGUAGCAAUAGCAAUCAUCAUCACAAUCAUCACCACCAUCACCAUCAGACGACGCAAUCGCGACGCUCUUCGCCAGUGAAGGCAAUCAUCGCCAACGGAUCGGCACCUGUUCCUUCACCUGCAGCGCCAAGUGGGCACGUUCCAGCGAGAAAAAAGUCUCGCACUCGCAGUAAGGAACGGCUUUUCAGUGAGAAAUAUGUCAGCGAUAACAAUCUGACAGAGUAUCAGAGCGAGAAGCAGCAGAAGGUCCACCACGGGUUAAACGGGUCAUCGGCGCCACCUUCUACGGAGCAUCACGGCAUCUAUCGAAAGAGUAACCGAAGCUACCGGAAGAGUAGUGACCGGUUGAAGAAGAAGGAACGGGCGUUGAUCUACCCGAAUCUGGUCCAGAGCGAGACGGUUGAUAUCCUAUUGAACAACAAUAACAAUAACAGUAUUAUCAUAAACUUGAACCAGGAAGAUCAGUUGCUCAAGGACAAGUCGGUGAUUUGCCUGAAGAACACCUACUCGGAACCGUCACUCUACACCACCGUUUCGGAGCCAUCCUCUUCGAAGAAGCACCGUCACCGCCGCCGAAGGGAACGCUACCGUUCGCAACGAUUCGGCUAUGAGAUCCAGAACGUCGAUGAGUUCCUGUCGAAGUGUUCGCUGUCUUCGCCGGGGAACAUACCGGUGGUGCUGUCGUCGGCCGCCACGCUCUACCAAACCCGGCCCGGAAGCUACCAGAUCGAGAUUCCACUGCCACUGGGAAUGGUCGUCAACGCCGUGUUCAAAAACCAGAACUGGCUGUACGUCCAGACACCGCACGCCGAGGAGGGAUACGUUGCGUACGAAACGUGUCUACCGCUGGGCAUCCUGCCACCAAACCAAAGAUCAAGCUCAACUUCCAAGCCGACACCGUGCUGGGAAUCGAACAAGGACGUUUUCCCCCGCCCGAGCGGUAACCUAACCGACAGCGAGAAGGAAAUCCAACAAAUGCGCGGUGGAACCCGUUCCGAGGGUCGGCGAACGCCCCGUCUCAAGCGCAGCAGCACCAACAGCCGCAGCACGACGUCGAUAACCUGCAACAGCGAAAAGAACCUGGACUCCCUGUACCUCCGGGUGGCAAACCAACCGAAGUCGAUCGAUUCCCAGACGCAAUUUGCUCAACUCAAACUAACGACCAAGGUGCUCAAUCCGCUGAAGGUGGACAACCAGAACAAUCUGGAGAAGCUGACUGCCGCCACCAGCAACGCGAGUGACUACGUUCACCUGCAGAAGCAGCAAUCGCAAGGGCAGAAUCCGUACCACCAUCAUCACCACCACAAGAUACUGGUAAAGAGCGGAAGCGGCGGCAGCGGCGGAUCCGGCAACAGUGUCAUCAACGGAGGACACUACCAUAAGACUGUCAACAGUGCUAGCUAUAAUAACGGUAACAGUAACAGUAGUGGUAGUCAUAGUAAGUUAGUCAACGGCAGCAGUAGCAGUAAUUUACGUUCGAUGACGACAACGACGGCGGCGGCGGCUACGGCGGCCACGACGGCGGUUCGGCAAACGUUGCUGGCCAUCACCGAUAACUACUGUUCGGAUUCGGUGAGCGUUCAGAAGGGCGAUGUGGUGACACUGCUCGCCUGCAAAGAGUACCAGGAAAAGGGACUUAAGAAUUUCAAACAGUGGUUCUUCGUGAGGACCCGCGAUGGUCACGAGGGGUACAUUCCUGCCGAGGCUGCCGGGCAUGGUUUUCUGUAGA